CGAUCUAAAAAGUUAUGAACUAAAUUUAAUUCGUCGAAUUGUUUUGUAUAUAAAAAUGAUUGUCGAAGCUGAUACAGUAUCAUUUCAAUUCGAUUAGGCUUCUUAACCACACCAAAAAAACAAAUCAAAUCAUUUGUCAUGGCUUUUAAGUUCGUUAUUGCUCUCGCUAUUGUGGCUGUUGCUAGUGCAGGAUACAUUCCACCUCAACAAGGAUUCUAUCAGGCGGCUAAUGGUCCUGUAGAGCAUACAGUUUCCUUAGCUCCAUCAGAUCAACACUUGGUGGCUAAGAAAGUUGAGGAAUACGAUCCACAUCCACAGUACAAAUUUGCUUAUGAUGUCCAGGAUUCUAUCACCGGCGACUCAAAGAGUCACUCGGAGACAAGAGAUGGAGAUUCGGUUGAGGGAGAAUAUACCCUUAUCGAUUCUGAUGGCUUUAAGAGAAUAGUUCACUAUACUGCCGAUAAAGAACAUGGUUUUAAUGCUGUUGUAAGCCGUGUUCCAUUGAACGAAGCCCACCAUGAGACAAAAACUGCUCCUACUGUUUACGCUUCUCCAUCAGGUUCAUAUCCAGUAAAUUACAAUUCACACACUGGAGCAGCAUUGAACUCCUACAAACCUGCUAUUCCCAUUGGUGUAGUGAAAAAUGUAGCUCCGGCUUCAUAUGCAUCCCCAAUCGGUUACUACAAAUCUGAAGGUUCAGAUGGAUCUCACUUGAGUAAUGCUGCUCCUGCUUCAUACAGUGCUCCAUCAUAUUACAAAUCUGCCCCGGUGGCUCCUGAAUCAAACGCUCAUGGACAAGAAUCUUACUCAGCUUUGCUCAGUUCAGGAUAUCAGCAUUAAUAAUGUUUGUUUGUAAUUUAUAUUUUUGUUAUUAUUUAGUUUUAAUAAAUUUGUUAAUUCUUUAAAAGU